AUGGCGUCGGCGACUCCAGCAGGCGGCGUCGAGGGCGUAGACAGCGGCGGAGACCUCCCGUGCUUACGUAGAGGCCCGGAUGGCGGAAUUUUCAAUGAAGACAUUUGGGAAGUUAGGAUGCAUUCUAAUGCUCAAGAACCAUUGGAGAGGAAGCUGUGCAAUUCAGAUGUUACUUAUCUGAAUUUAGUUGAACUAAGGGAAACACAAGGAUUUAGUGUAUAUGAUUGUCUUUAUCACAUUGAGAAUCCAAGUUUAGGAGAGAAAGGUCUGGAGCUGGUAGAUAGUAAUGCUGAAUUACAGAUGAUAAAGAGGCAGAAUAAGGAAACUUUGGUGCUUAAUUUGCUAGUUAGGGCUUGUCCACCCCCUGUUAGUGACUUUGAGAGACAAGAAAGCAGGAAUGUAAAUGCUAAGUUGAAAGAUGUUUUGGAAGAAGAAGAAGAAGAGGGAUACCAAGGAUAUGAGGCAUACGAGGACUGUGAUGCUUCUGCCUCUGAUGAUGAAGGUCAAAUUGCCUCUGAUGAUGAAGAUCUAGAGAUGGAAGAGGGCAAGAGACAGAGAGAGGAAGAGGUAGAAGAGGAAGAAACAGAUGAUGAACAGUCAGAGGAGGAAGAAGUGCUGCAUUAUGAGGGUGACACUGAAGUUGAGGAAUUAUUUGAUCUGGAGGAAGAUAACACUACAGUUGUACCUACAAAGAAGAAACAGAAGCUGCCAGUUAGGAGAGGACCAACAACAAGGAAGUGGGACCUUAGUGGCAUCCCAUGCAACCAUGUCAUCUCUGCAAUAAACAAGUCUAAAAGGUUUCCAGAGGAUUAUGUUAGCAAAUACUUCAAGAAACCAUUUUAUGUGGCAGCUUAUGAACCAAUGAUCAUUCCUGUACUUGGUGAGCAUGACUGGACAAGGGCCCCUGGUCUAGACAUAGAACCACCUGCAUUUAAAGUGAAGAGAGGAAGAAAGAAAGAAAACAGGAUCAAGGGAAAAUUUGAAGUACCAAAGCCAAAGGAUACAUCAAGAAUGGGGACUAUUACAUGUGGCAAUUGUGGUCUCCAAGGGCAUAGGUACACAAGCUGUCUUAAACAGUUGAAGCCUGAGCUAGCUUUGAGGAAGAACAAACAUGUGGCUACUCCAAGCAACUCACAACCAAGAGCUGCUGGUCCUGCUCCUACACCACCAUCAAGACAGGCAAGAGCUGCUACUACUGCUCCUACACCACCAACAACACAGCCAAGAGCUGCUGCUCCUACUCCUACACCACCACCAUCUGGAAGAGGAGGAGCUGGCACAGGAGGUGCUGGCAGAGGUGGAGCUGGCAAAGGAGGAGCUGGCAGAGGUGCUGGCAGAGGAGGAGCUGGCAGAGGUGCUCCAAGGCCAUUCCCUGCCCCCAGGCAAUCUGCUACCUCCACUUCUGGUGCUAUUCCGACUGAUGGUACACACACUGGAUGGAUGGCCUACUUCGCUUCUAGUGGUGCUUGGAGAUCUGCCAUGUAA